GGCGCGCGUUCCGAGUUUCCUUCAUUGCCUGGCAUUCUAAUUUGAGCUAUUGGAACCAUGAGCAACUACAGUGUAUCCUUGGUUGGCCCAGCUCCGUGGGGCUUCCGACUGCAAGGUGGCAAGGAUUUCAACAUGCCUCUGACAAUCUCUAGUCUAAAAGAUGGUGGCAAGGCAUCCCAGGCAAAAGUGAGAAUAGGCGAUGUGGUCCUCAGCAUUGACGGAAUAAGUGCAAAUGGGAUGACUCAUCUGGAGGCCCAGAACAAGAUAAAGGGCUGUACAGGCUCCUUGAAUAUGACUCUACAAAGAGCAUCUGCCACACCCAAGCCGGAGCCAAUUUCUGUUCAAAAGGGAGAACCUAAAGAAGUAGUUAAACCUGUGCCCAUUACUUCUCCUGCUGUGUCCAAAGUCACUUCCACCACCAACAUGGCCUACAAUAAGGCACCACGACCCUUUGGUUCUGUGUCUUCACCAAAAGUCACCUCCAUCCCAUCACCAUCGUCUGCCUUCACCCCAGCCCAUGCAACCACUUCAUCACAUGCCUCCCCUCCACCUGUGGCUGCUGUCACUUCUCCCCUGUCCUCUGCAUCUGGACUGCAUGUUAAUGCCAGUCUUAGUGCUGACCAGUGUUCACCUGCACUGAGUGCUGGUAAAACUGCAGUUAAUGUCCCAUGGCAGCCCACAGUCACCAGCGUGUGUUCCGAGACUGCUCAGGAGCUAGCAGAGGGCCAGAGAAGAGGAUCCCAGGGUGACAGUAAACAGCAAAAUGGUCCACCAAGAAAACACAUUGUGGAGCGCAAUACGGAGUUUUAUCACAUACCCACUCACAGUGAUGCCAGCAAGAAGAGGCUGAUGGAGGAUACUGAAGACUGGCGUCCGAGGACUGGAACAACUCAGUCUCGCUCUUUCCGCAUCCUUGCCCAGAUCACUGGGACUGAACAUCUGCAAGAAUCUGAAUCUGAUAAUACAAAGAAGGCAAAGGAAAAGAUACCCCUUCACGCCUUUAGUCCCAAAUAUACAAAAUUACGUGACUGGCACCAUGAAGUUUCAGCUCGUGCUCUUAACGUACAGUGAUUUAUGAGCCUUGCCCCCAAGCAGCCAGCACAUAUACCUUUUCAUUCACUUUUUCUUUUUGAACUUCAUAGCAAGAUCUGUGUUCAUUUGCUUUGUUGGAAAAUAGAAUCUUUUCUAUUCUAUACUUUUCUAACAAUUUCCUAUUGUGAAACUGAAGAAGAUAAACAUGUUUUGUGCUAGUUGGUAGCUCAUAAAUAUAGUCAAAGGAAAAAAUGAAAGGAGUGGAUCUAUUCAGUGGAUUUAUGUGUUUCCCUUGUUAUUAUGGUAAUAACAUUGGAAAAGGAGUUUUUUUUAAGUUGAAUUUGUCUCGUCAUUUAAAGCUAAGGUAGAUAAACAAAUAAUAUGUUUGUCUAACUUGGAAAAUACAUCCUUUGUGUCAUUAUGUUUCCCAAGAUCAUUUUUAAGUUCAUUACUAUGGAUUGUUUAGAAUUGAUUACAAAUUAUUUCAUGUAAGCAAAUACAAGGAGAUAAGACUAAAAAUAAAAAAUUUUCAUAGUGAAAUUCAUUGUAGGUUUAGGUAUCUUGUAAAGCAAGCUCUAUUCAGGAUGGCUAUAUGAAGAAGAGGAAGAGGCCAAGACAGGGCUGCUAAAGGAGAGAAGAGAACUCUGCUGUUUCCAGUGAGAAAAUAAAAAUAUUUUUUGGUUUGGUUAGAUUCAAAAUUCUGUUUUCUACUAAAGGAACUAUACAGAACUGUUGAAUAUUUUUAUGGUAUAGGGGAAUUUCCUGAUAUUAACUAGCAAGAUAUGGAAAGAUAGCUAUGCUUAGUUUUAAAGUCAAAGGAAGAUAACAAAAUAAAUUAUAAUAUGAAUGAUUCUGAGAUACUGAAGAAAUAUUUUACUUAGUGUUAUAAAGUACGAUGUGUUGCUGCUAUGCCUAGGAAGCUGUUUUUUGGGCAAUCUAUGGAAGCUAAAUAUCUAACCAGAAAUGCUUUAUGCCUUGUAAUAUAAUGUAUUAUAUAUUAGAUCUAAGUUCAGUAAUAAAUGCAAUUUGAAGUUUGGAAAAGUAUUGUAAUAAAGUUGCCUUUAACUUAGCUUUA